AUGGCCGCUCCAACCGUGAUCAUCAUCGUGGUUUUUAUCUCGUUCGGCGGCUUCCUCUGCCUGGCGGGGCUCGCCGCCGUGGUGCUCUGCUGCUUGAAGAAGCUGAAGAAGAAGCCGGCGGCGAAGCACGAGGUGGAUUUGAUCCACGUGGACGAGCACGCGAGGGUGAAGGAGGCCGUCGUCCCCGGCUGUGCGGUGGUGCUGGAGAUCGAGGAGGACUUGCACGUCGACGAGGUUGUGAGGAAGGAUGAUGAGGUCGGGGCCGCCGGACAUCAUCAUCUUCAUGGUUUGCAUGGGAAGUCGGCGGCGGCGGCGGGGGUCGGUGCUAACUCGGAAGCGACGGCGGUGGCUUCGUCCGGCGGUGCUGCUCGGGAGGUUAAUUAA